UUGGUGAUCAGCACGGACUCGGUGGGCCGAAGGGCCUGUUUCCGCGCUGUGUCUCUAAACUAUAACACCUGUGCCCUGUGGAUUGUCCAGGUGAACGGCCAGAAUGUUGUGAAGGUGGGGCAUCGACAGGUAGUCAACAUGAUCCGUCAGGGCGGCAAUAACCUCAUGCUCAAAGUCGUCAUGGUGACUCGUAACCCCGACAUGGAGGAAGUUUCUAGGAAGAAAGUCUCGACGCAGAAUAAACGGUUAACUCCUCCAUCGAUCGCCCUGCGCUCGAAAUCCAUGACAUCGGAACUGGAAGAUCUCGAUUACGAGCCGCCACAGACGACGGAGAAGCGGCGGAAAGUUUACCAGAUGACCGGUUUGGACGAGAUCUUGGCAGCCGCCCAGCAUUCACUCGCCAAUGAUGACGGGCAGCGGUCAACCCAGCGCGCCCCCCGACACGGCCACCCCCCCCGCACCUACUACGGGGCAGAGACGCUGUACGGGCAGCCGGGCAUGUCCGUGAUGGCAGCGCCCAUCAGCUUUGACCGCCCCUAUCUGGCAGCUCAGCAGGGAAUGAUGCGUCAGAAAUCCAUGGGAGCCUCUGACGAGAGAAACAAUUCUUGUUGCCCCCGGCCUUCAAGUUUGCCCGCAGCCUGUCGGUGCCGAGUGCUGACGACAUCCCACCUCCCCCCACCACCGCUCCCCCCGACCCCCCCUUCAACCUGCCCCAGCCCCGCUCAGGCCCCCCACCCCCCUCCCCGCAGCCCCCGCCCCCUCCCUCCGCUCCCCCCGCCUUCAAACCCCGCGGGAGUGCCGGACCCGGGCCUGUACGCCAGCCUGCGCCACGGGUUGGUGGAGGGGCCGGGCAAGGCCGGGCGGCGAGAGAAGGCCCUGUCCUACCAACCGGGGCCCCCCGAGGACAGGCCGGUCCCCGGGCCCCCUCCACCCUCCCCCUCCGGUCCCUCAGCCUCCGCCGGGCCCCGGGGCCGGCGCUCGGAGUCGCGCUACGUGAACGCGGGGGCCCGUCUGUCUGGGGCAGCCAUGUACGUGCCCGCCAAGCCUCUGCGGCGCAAGGGCCCGCUGGUCAAGCAGUCGAAGGUGGAGGACGAGCAACAGCAGGACAAGACUUGCUCCAUCCCCAUCCCCACCAUCAUCAUCAAGGCCCCGUCCACUAGUAGUAGUGGCCGCAGUAGUCAGGGCAGUAGCGUGGAGACUGAGGUAGGGCCCGAACUAUCCCAGGCCCGAAACACCGUCGACUUCACCAGCCAAUUCGGGGCAGCGGUGGUGGGGGCAGCUCGGAGGGACAGGGAACGCUACAUGGAGGCCCGGCACAAAUCCGCCAUCUUCCUGUCCACUGAUGGCACCGAGACCCAGACCCAGGCCCAGGCUGCGGCCUCCUCCCGCCUGCCCCACUCCAAAUCCAUCGACGAGGCCAUGUUCAACAACGCCGAGGCCUUUGUCAACAUCGUGGCCUCGUCGGGCCGAGGGCCGGCUCGGGCCUACGCCAAGCCUGUGGCCACGGGCAGCGCCUUCAACGUCCUGCCCUCGGGCUAUGGGCAAAGGGGGGCAGCGGGCACCUUCAUCCACCCGCUCACGGGGAAGGUGCUUGACCCAGAGUCGCCCUUAGGCCUGGCCUUGGCUGCACGCCAGCGAUCUCUGCAGGACCAGCCCAGGCCUGAGGCCCAGAGCCAGACCCAGGCCCAGGCCCAGAACCAGACCCAGACCCAGACCCAGGCCCAGGCCCAGGCCCAGGCCCAGGCCCAGGCCCAGACCCAGGCCCAGGCCCAGGCCCAGGCCCAGGCCCAGGCCCAGGCCCAGGCCCGCUACAAAGAGCCAGGCCUGCCCGAGGCCAACAAGGCCCCUGGGGGAGGGGCCGCGGGGGUCCCUCCCCUUCAUAGGCCCGAGCAGGCCCCCUCCAACCCCCCCGGCACCAAGGAGGCUCCUCUCCCCCCCAAGGAGAACCCCCACCCCCGUCCCCGCCCCCCUCCCCUCCCCCCUCCCCCGGCCCCUGAGGCCCAGAGUCUGCCCACCCUCGACUCCACGGGCUCCAGCCUCACCUCCUACGACAGCGAGGUGGCCAACCUCACCCAGGCCCCUAAGGGCGAGGCUGGGGGCUGCCCCGAGCGGGGCCAGGUGGGGGCCCGAGCAGGGGGGGGCUGCCCUUCCUCCGGGGGGAGCCCCCCAGACGGGGUGGGGGACUCUGGGAUUGAGGAAGCGGACAGUCGGAGCGGGAGUGAGCAGCGAGUGGAGGCGGUCAGCAGUGCGUCCACUCUGUCCACUCUGUCCAGCCUCUCUGGCCUCUCCGGCCUCUCAACUGAGGGCAAUGGGCUGCUGGACACUUACAUCGCCUACCUGGAUGGCCACGUGUUAGGCCCGGAUAGGCCUGUGUUAGGCUCCGAUAGGCCUCUUGCCCCGGCCCUCUAUCCCGGGCCGGCCCCAGCCCGCCAAACCCCCCGUUCCUGCCCCCUCCCCCCCCCCCAGUCCAUGGCCUCCACCCACUGGGACGAGGGCCCCCUGGUGCAGGCAGUGGGCCCAGCCAUGGUCCCGGGGCCCUGUAUGGCCUCAGUCAAGGCCAGCAUUAUCAGUGAACUCAGCAACAAACUCCAGCAAAUGAGUGGCGGCCCCUGGAGCAGCGGGGCCCCGACCGGGAAACCCCCCGCACUGCGGCACAGGCUCUCGGACGACUCUGGCCUGGGCCUCAGGGGUCAGUGCUGGCCAAAGUCGGGCCCCCACGGCCACCGGACGCUGGAGUUCGAGAUGAAGUCACCCACACGCAGGUCCCCCAGCCCCUCCUUGGCCCACUGGGAGGGGCGACCCGGCCACCCCACCUCCACCCCCCGACCCUCCUCCCUGCCCAUCUUCCCCUCGGCCCUGGGGGGCGCCCCUCCCCCUCCCCCCCCCCCCUCGGUGGGCGUGGGGUUUGACCCCGCCCCGGGUAGCCGGGCCCACUCCCCGGUCGGGUUGGGGGGAUUCCAGUCCCCUCCGCCCGUGCCCCCCGACAAGCCAUUUGCUGCCAAGCCGCUGGCCUUCUGGAGCAAGUUCGACGUGGCGGACUGGCUGGACUACCUGCGGCUGGGAGAACACAAGGACCACUUCUUGGACAACGAGAUCGACGGCAGCCACCUGCCCUCCCUGCAGAAGGAGGACUAUGUGGAUCUGGGGGUCACCAGGGUGGGCCACCGCAUGAACAUUGAACGGGCCUUGAAGCAGCUGCUGGAGAGGUGAUCCCAGAUCCUGGAGGCUUCUCCCCCUACCUCCCCCUCCUUGCCCACCCCUUGUCCUCCCACCCCACCUCACCAGACCAACUCUACCCGAAGGAUGGCCAAUAUAUGAAGCCGGAAGCCAACAACCCCCCCUCCCCCGCACUCUACGAUGGGCGGUCAACGCAACCAACACUUGAGAAGAUGCCAACACUAAGGGCAACCAAGACUUUUGGGUCAAGGGCGACCAAGACUCUUGGGUCAAGGGCAACCAAGACUCUUGGGUCAAGGGCGG